AUGGUGAAGAUGGCGCGGUGCGCAGCAGCGAUGAAGGGGGCGCUGGUAGCGGAUGCGGCAUCCAUGGGGCUUCACUGGAUCUACGAUCCCGAAAAGAUCAUCUCCCUCACUCGCAAGGCUCCUCUCUGCCCCAAGGACCCUGCAUUCUUCGAGCCUCCUAGCUGCCCUUUCUAUUCCUACGAAUCCGGUCAGCUCAGUCCCUAUGGUGCUGAAGGGCUCGGCAUGCUAAAGAGCCUCAACUGCCUCGCACAAUAUGAUCCUACACGCCUUGCGCAGAAGUUCUCAGAGUAUCUCAAGGGAUACUCAGGGAGGCUCAACCAUGCUUCCAAGGAGCUGAUCGCAAAUAUCGAUGCCGGCAAGACUUUCCCUGAGUGCGGAGCGAACGACUCUCAAGCCAACUCGCUGGUCAAGGUUCCCUUUGCUCUUUCGCGCUUUCAUUCGGACCAGGACUGGGCUACAAGGGUGGAGGAGACCAUGAGAGUGCAUCAGAACCAUGAGCUUGCAGUUGAGUACGGGAUGGCAAGCUCGCACAUCCUUCACCACAUAAUCUCUACCGGAGCAACAGCGAAGGAGGCGCUUCAGUGGUCCACGCAGGAUUCUUCUCCCCUCACUGCAGAUGCCAAGAGCAAGGUCAAGGAAGCUCUUGCCUUCACCGGCAACGAAGUGGAAGCAGCAGAAGCCUUCGGCAGCAGCUGCGCGUUGCCAGGAGCGUUCACGGUUGCGGUUUACAUUCUGAAUACGACAGAGACAUAUGAGGAGGCAGUGAAAAAGAACAUCAUGGCCUCAGGCGAUCAAUGCUCACGUUCGUGCUUCAUUGGCGCUUGCUUGGCCGCUAGCCAGGGAGCUGAGUGUGUGCCCAUGGAUUGGAUCGAGCGAGUGACGGACAUGGAAGACAUCGACAAAGAAAUCAAACGUGUUUGCUCCUGA